CUCACCCUGCACCUCUGCCAGGGGCUCAGCCGGGAGACGGCCAAGAGGCUCCGCUUUGUUCCUGGCCUCGUCUACGUUGAUGAGGGAUCGGUGCGUGGGCAGAGCCCGGCACAGCGGGAGCAGAGCCUGGCCCACAUGGAGACCCUGCUGCAGGAGCCUGGCUUUUCCUACCACCUGGAGCUUCAGCGGCUCUUCGAGGCUGUGGAGACACCGACAGCGAGAGAGGAGCUGCUGCAGAUGCUGCGGCUCCACCUGAUCCUGCAGACAGCCCGGACCAGGGGCUACACCAAGGUGAUGACGGGCGAGAGCUGCACCCGCGUGGCCAUCAAGCUCCUCACCAACCUGGCGCUGGGGCGCGGCGCCUUCCUCGCCGUCGACACGGGCUUCGUGGACAACCGGCACGGCGACGUGAUGGUGGUGCGUCCCAUGCGGGAGUACACGGCCAAGGAGAUCGCCUUCUACAAGGAGGAGUUGGCCCUGGAGCCCACACUGAUCGUGGAUGAGCCAGAGUUUGUGGAGAACGGGACUGAGAGCAAAGCUGCGUUCAUCCCACUGCUGUGCUACAGCUGCCGUCUCACCUUCAAGGAGCUGGGUCCCCUCCCCUCCCUGCCACCCUAUGUGCGCGCUGAGGCCCAGCGCAGGAUCUGCAGGUAG